AUGACACAGGGUUGCAGAACAAUGACAACACAUCACAACCCAAGUCCACUUAACGGCUUUGCACAUAACUGGCAGCAAACACUUGGGCUCUGCUUGGACUCUGGCUACGCUAAAAUUACACUCACUGCUCCCCUUGAAAAAUAUGAUUCGAAAAGUUGCCACACCCCCACGACCAUCAUGAAGACCAAAGCCACCACACCACUACCGUCAGGCCUCACAUGCACCAGCCAUAAUCGUAAACUUCAUAAACAUGCAAACUCAUCACACCCUUCCCUGCAUCCAUCACCCUUCCCAUCUUCUCACCACACCCUUCCCUGCAUCCAACAUCCUUCUCAUUCUUCUCAUCACACUCCUUCCAGUAUCAACACCCCCCUCACCACAUCCAUCCCUGCAUCCACCCCAUUGUCAUCCACCUCACCACUCAUUCUCCCAGCAUCCACCACCUCUUUCCCCCCCACCUCACCCAGCAUCCACGCACACCCUCUCGUUAACUCACUCUCACAGCCGCCAGCCCCCGCCACCCGCACCACUGGCAGACCCUCAUCUAGCCACUCCACCCAGUGCUACCUCUCGUUCAUCCCGCCACUUAACGCUCCCUCAUUCUGCCAGACACGCACUCCGCCACCCUAA